UAGAAGAUAGAGCCGCACGGCCUACAGAUACACAUAACCCGUCACUCGCCACUCACCCAUUAACCGCUGAGCUUGAGGCAGGCGAUGCGAUAGAGAGAAAACGAGAGAAAUGGGUUCUCUCAAAGCCGUGGCGCUCAUCGCCGGAGGAGAUUCCAACAUCAGAGGCUCCAUUCAGUUCUUUCAGGACCCAAAUGGGGCGACCCAUGUCGAAGGUAAAAUCACCGGCCUCUCACCUGGACUCCAUGGCUUCCAUAUCCACUCUCUCGGUGAUACCACAAAUGGCUGCAACUCUACUGGGCCUCAUUUUAAUCCGCUGAAGAAGGGGCAUGGAGCUCCUGGGGAUGUAGAACGUCAUGCUGGAGAUUUGGGUAACAUCUAUGCUGGUCCAGAUGGGGUUGCUGAAGUUUCCAUUACAGAUAGGCUGAUUUCUCUGAAGGGACCUCAUUCAAUACUAGGCCGAGCGGUAGUCGUGCACGCUGAUCCGGAUGAUCUUGGCAAAGGAGGGCAUGAACUUAGCAAGACUACUGGAAAUGCUGGUGCAAGAGUCGGAUGCGGCAUUAUUGGGAUUCAAUCCUCUGUCUAAAGGUUGGCAGCACUAGAAAUCAACAACAAUUCAGGAAAAUAAUGUCUUACUCUCUCUCUCUCUCUAUUUCAAUGUGAAGUGACAAAUAAGCAAUCACUCCUGUAAUAUGAUACUGUACUUAUAAAAGCUAGGCCAUAGUUUUAUCACUAAUGUGUCAUAGUUUUCAUUCUUUUUAGUACAACAACAGGUGGAUGUGGUUGAACCUUCUACCUCUAGAGAGGUGAGUAAUGUCUCGACCAAUUGAACUAUGUUCAUGUCGUUAAUGUAUGAAUCACCUUAUGACCCAAAGGUAUGAAAUUUUUAAAUUUUGAUGAGGCAGUCAA